UAUAAAGACAGACUCUUACAUGUCAGACACCUCCUUCACACCCACGAAAUGCCUUCAAUUCUCUUCAUCUUCACUUCAGCAGACAAGACCCUAAAAGGGGAUCAAACAGGUUACUACCUUCCUGAGGCCGCUCAUCCGUACUAUAUUCUGGCACCCCACUUCAACAUCGACUUCGCUUCUCCAAAGGGUGCCAAUCCUCCCGUUGAUGAAGGUAGCGUCAAGAUGUUUGCUCAAGACAAGGAAUGCAUCCAAUGGUUGAAGGACGACACUGUCAAGUCUAAAUUGGCCAAUGCCAAAAAGUUGUCGGAAGUUAAUGCUAGCGACUAUGAUGCAGUCUUCUAUCCUGGCGGCCAUGGUCCUGUCAUUGAUCUUCCAUUCGAUAUCGUCAAUCACAAGCUCGCUUCCGAAUUUUAUCAAUCUGGAAAAAUCACUUCUGCAGUGUGUCAUGGACCUGCUGCAUUGGUAGGUGCGACUGGGAAAGACGGAAAGUCCGUAUUUCAUGCCAGGAAAGCUACUGGUUUCUCGAAUGUCGAGGAAGAGCAAGUUCAAAAGGUCGAGAGCGUCCCUUUUUUGCUCGAAGACAAGAUCAAACAGAACGGAGGAUCGUAUGAAAAAGCUGACGAACCAUGGGGAGCUAAAAUUGUUGUCGACGGAAACCUUAUUACCGGACAGAACCCCAACUCCGCCAAAGGGGUUGGAGAAGCUAUCUUAUCAGCAUUUAAGAAAUGAAAGAAAUGAAGGACGCCCGGUAUGAGCAGAAGCUGUCUUUCAAGUAUCGAAUCAGCACGUUCGCCAUGUAUAUUAGAAGCAGCGCAAUUCGGAUUGAUCGUCUUUGAAAAC